UCAGUACCGCAACUGUUAGCAUCUGGCCACACGCGUUACCGUCCUCCCUAGCCGUGGAAUUGCAGCUUAUUUGGGCAUCGUGGAAUACUAGCUCGCUAGCGGUGUACCCAGAACAGACACUCGCCGGAAGAUCGUGACCAAGGCAUUGACCAGCACCCCCUUACCCCAGCUUUUACCCCACAGUCCCUCCACAUUCCUCCCAGUUCCCGGCUAACACGAACCCGAGGAGCAACAGCAAAAGACAGGGCAUAGCCAGGACACUCUUUUUUUGGAGACUUCCUUCUUGGCGACCGUUGCCAUUAUAAUUCUUCCAUAAUGGAAGAAAAGGAAGCUUCCGUCUCGCUGCACGAGAAGUGCGACAACGAGCACUCCAUCUCGCCGUCGUCCCCGGACGGGGCUGCCCACGACUCGAAAUUCGAGAAGAGGGUCCUCCGCAAGAUCGACAUCCGGCUGUUGCCUAUCCUCGGCGCGCUGUACACCAUCGCCAUGGUAGACAGGAGCAACAUCUCCGUGGCGCGCAUCUCGGGCCUCGACGAAGACGUCGGUCUUAACGUCGGGGACCGCGCCUCCGUCGCGCUCCUCGUCUUCUUCGUCGGCUACAUGAUCUUCGAGCUGCCGAGCAACAUGAUCAUCCACCGCGUGGGCGCCGCCAACUGGCUUUCGUCGAUCGUCUUCGCCUGGGGCCUGGUGUCGAUGGGCAUCGGGUUCCUCGACAACUGGGUCGCAUUGGCCGUGCUGAGAUCCUUCCUCGGCGUAUUCGAAGCGGGCUUCUAUCCCGGAUGCGUCUACCUGAUUUCCUCCUGGUACAGGCGAUACGAGGUCCAGAAGCGGCUCGCGACGUUUUUCAUGACGGGGUCCGCACUGUCUGCGUUUGCGAAUAUCUUCGCCCUCGGCCUCAUUCAGAUCUCGAAAACGAAUACCACUUAUGAGGGCUGGAGGUGGAUCUACAUUAUUGAGGGUGUCAUUACUUGUGUCGCAGCUGUCAUUGCUUGGUUCAUCAUCGUCGAUUUCCCGGACUCGCACCGCAACAAGUUUCUCACCGUAGAAGAGGCCGCUUUCGUAAAGGCCCGUCUUGCGGAAGAUCGCGGGUCUGAGGAGCGCCAGAAGGUCACCUGGGCUAUUUUCGUUGAGACGAUAACCGAUUGGAAAGUCUGGUCGUUCUCGUUGAUGUACUCGGCCGGUGCCGUGGGCGUCUAUGCCUUCCUGUUUUUCCUACCUCUCAUCCUACGCAAUGGGAUGGGAUACUCCCAAGAGCUCGCGUUCAUCUUGUCAGCCCCGCCAGCUCUAUUUUCUGUCGUGGAAGGCAUGUUUGUAUCAUGGCUUGCUGAUAAGAUGCGUCUACGAGGACCAUUUGUUGUCGCCCAGGGCCUCGUCGCAAUCGUCGGCUUGUGCAUGACGGGUUUCCUCAAACAGCCCGUCCCAAGGUAUAUCGGGACUUUCCUAGGCGAAGCCGGAGUAAAUGGGCUCGUGGUCACUACCCUCGCCUGGCAGGCAAAUAAUCUGCGUGGUGAUGCUAAACGCGCCUGUGCCACGGCUGUCUUGAUCACUCUCAGUGGUCUUGGUGGUAUAUAUUCUUCCCUAGUUUUUCGCCAACAGGAUGCUCCUGAUUAUAUACCUGGUAUAAUAGCCGUGAUGGCAAUUUGCGUCGCUGCUGUUGUUGCCGCCUGUAUCUCCAUAGUUCUUUUGAAAUGGGAAAAUAAGCGUGUAGAUGAAGGUAAAAAGAUUAUAGAUGGUCAUACUGAUUUCCGAUAUACCAUUUAAAGGUUAUAAUAAGAAAUUUGGCCUUCAAUGGUGUACGAGAGCAAAUCCAAUUCAUCAGAUUACUACGGCCUGCGUAGCGUUCCUAACGUUUAUAUAUGUUGUGAUAACAAGCUC